GCGGUGUGUGUGUGUGUGUGUGUGUGUGUAGACGGCGAAGCGCGCGUCGGAGCGCGUGGUGGAGGCGGUGGAGGCGGCGGAGGCGGCGGCGUCUGGGGAGACGGACCGCAAGAAGGCGGCGGAGAGGGCGGCGGAGGAGCGCGAGCAGCGCGAGAUGGCGGCGCGGGCGGAGGCGGCGGCGGCGGAGGCCGAGGCGGCGCGCCUCAAGGCGGAGCGCAAGGCGGCCGCCGACAAGAAGGCGCACGAGGACCUCGAGGCUAAACGCAAGGCGGAGGAAGAGGCCAUUCGCCAAGCCGAGGAGGCCCGCAAGGCGGAAGAGCAGCGCCUGGAGGCGGAGAAGAAGGCGGAGGAGGCGCGGCUGGCGGCGGAGCAGGCGGAGCUAGAGCGGCUGGAGGCGGAGGCGGCGGCGGCGGAGGAGGCGGCCCGCCUGGAGGCGGAACGAAAGGCCGAGGAAGAGCGGCUGGAGGCGGAGAGGAAGGCGGAGGAGGAGCGCAAGGAAGCGGAGAGGAAGGCGGAGGAAGAACGCCUGGAGGCGGAGAGGAAGGCAGAGGAAGAACGCCUCGAGGCGGAGAGGAAAGCAGAGGAAGAACGCCUCGAGGCGGAGAGGAGAGCGGAGGAGGAGCGCCUGGAGGCGGAGAGGAAGGCGGAAGAGGAGCGGCUGGAGGCGGAGAGGAAGGCUGAGGAAGAACGGUUGGAAGCAGAGAAGGCGGCGGAACAGACACAGGCGGCAGAGGAGCCGGCGGCGGAGGCGGAGGCGGCCGCGUCGGAGGUGGACGCGGCGGCGGCGGAGGAACCGGCGACGCCGGAAGCGGAGGCGACGGAGGCGGUGGAAGCGGCGGCGGCGGAGGCGGAGGCCGAGGCGGAGCCGGCGGUGGCGGAGGCGGAGGGCGAAGCGCCGGUGGUGGAAGAGCCCACGUCACGACACGCCCGCCCCGCCCCCGCCUCGGAGGACCCCGCCUCCGGCACCGCCAUCGAGGAGGUCUUCAGCGGCGACGACGAGUAG